UCUGAAUAAACAGUAAGCCAGUUCAUAAUUUGACCAUAGUCAUAUAUAUUUAUUACAGUGGAACUGGUUAAUGAUCCAGAAAAAGACCAAGAUUUAAUUGACAUGAUGGAGGUGGUUGACAGUAUAGCAAAAGACAACAAAGAGAAGACAACUGGCGGGAGGUUCCCAAUAUUAUCAUCAAAUGAGAAAGAAAAUAUACUAGACGAGGCACUGAGCAAAUCUACAAAGAAGCAAACUAAAUAUGGAGUAAAGAUAUUUAGGCAGUGGUUAACCGAUAGAGAGAAAGAUGCAACAUUUGAAAAUUAUACAAUUCAACAAUUGAAUGAUGCCUUGACUGAAUUCUAUGCUGAGGUCCGAAAUACAGACGGAGAAUAUUAUGCAAAGAGUACUUUAGUUGGGAUUCGGGCAUCUAUAAAUAGAUAUCUUCGGGCACCACCUUUUAAUAAGACGUAUUCCAUCAUGUCUGAUGAUUCAGCUUUUCUUAAAUCAAAUAAAAUGUUUUUGGCCAUGAUUAAGAAGGUUCAGAGGGAAGGAAUGGACAGGACCAAACAUCAUUCAUCCAUUUCAGAAGGUGAUUUGCAAAAACUAAGGUCAUCAGAUGCCUUAUCAACUCAAAACCCUAAGACUCUUCAAAGAAAAAUUUGGUUUGAUCUAGUUUUGAGUUUUGGAAGGAGGGGACGGGAAAACCAAAGGUUUUUCACUGACAAAACAUUUGUCAUUAAAUCAGAUGAUUGUGGCCGUCGUUAUGUAGAGAUGGCAGUGAGUGAGACGACAAAAAAUCAUAAAGGGGGACUAGAUGACAAUCAAAACAUUAUAAAACCUAGGAUGUAUGAAACAAAAAAGCCAGACUGUCCCGUUGCUGCCUUGACGCAAUACCUUGCUAAAAGGAACCCUACAUCAGACAUUUUCUUUCAACAACCAAGAGCCAAAGUAAAUUAUGAGGAUGAGAUGUGGUACACAUCAAGGCCUGUAGGGGAAAGACUGUUGAACAACAUGAUGGUUGACAUAUCAAAAAGUGCUGGACUUAGUCAAAUAUACACAAACCAUUGUGUGAGGGCAACAACUGUGACUGUUUUGGCACAGUCAGGUGUGCCAAAAACAGACAUAAUGAAGAUAACAGGACACAAGUCAGAGGCCAGUUUGGAAUCCUACUAUCAGGACUCCUCUGAGAAACAGAAGAGGCAGUAUUCUGCUAUUCUACUUGGCAAUACUGAAAAUGGUAGUGAUAAAUCGGGUUCAACCGCACCAGUGCCAAUUUGUACACAGUCAAAUGCAAUGCCCUUACCGCCAAAUCCAGCUAAUCCCUUCAACGCACACUGUUUGAAUUUUACAAACACCACACAAAUUAACAAUCAAAUGUCAUUACCUGUUUUGUAUAACAAACAGUUUGAAGUCCAUAAUUCAACUGUCCAAGUUUUCAACUACAACAUAACAGGGAACGCUGCACAGCCGUAG